UCCGAGUUUGUUUUGAACGUACUGAUGUGUUAACUUAGGAAGUAGUGUUUGUUUGUUGUGUUAUUAUUUAUCAACUAUUGUGACUACUGCUUUAUUGUUAGUUGUAUCUUGCGUAAUACAUAAAAGAUAUAUAUUAAUGUUGUCAUUGUCACAAGGUCAGAUUGUCGAGUAUUUUGAUAAGGUUGUUAUUAUUCGUUAACAUUGCUCAGGUUUGAUUGACAUCUAUAGUUAAUCAGUGAUAAAUACAAUUUUCUGGAAACAUCUAAGUAUAUAAGGCCAAUUAGGCCUACACACUUUGCAAUCUUACAUUGCAGUAUUGUGAAUCUUAUAGCGUAAUAGUAUAAUGGCCUGGUUUGACUCAGGUGUUGUCAAUAUUUUAUCGUCUAUAUUAGUGGUUAUUAUAUCACUAUACUACUUUUCUGUUAAAACUUACAAUUACUGGAAAAAUCGUGGAGUCAAAUAUGCAAAACCUGUACCACUUUUUGGUAAUAUUAUGCAGACGAUAUUUCGCAAGAAAAGCAAUAUAAUAAAUCAAUUAGAAAUCUACAGUAUGUAUCCUGAUGAAAAAUAUGUGGGCAUGUUUAUGUUUCGGACUCCUAUGCUUAUGAUAAGAGACCCUCAACUUGUUCACUGUAUCUUGUCAAAAGAUUUUGUACACUUUUAUGAUAGGGGUAUAACAAUUGAUGAAAGACUUGAUCUCCUUUCAUUACACCUUGUGAAUUUAAGAGGUCAGCAGUGGAAAAGUUUAAGAAGUAAGUUGACUCCUGCUUUUAGUUCUGGAAAACUCAAAAUGAUGUGUUCCCAACUGGAUGAAUGUGCCGCUGUACUAUCAGAUUAUUUGGAAUUGAAGGAGGAAUCACAAGAUAUUCAAGAAAUAAUGGCUAAAUUUGCAACUGAUGUUAUAGGUUCAUGUGCAUUUGGCCUACAAUUCAAUUCUCUCAAAGAUCCAAACUCUCAGUUUCGUAAAAUGGGGCGUGAUGUUUUCAAACCUUCGUUUAGGUUCCUUUUCAAACUUCUUGCACGCACUUUUCAUCCGAGUCUGCCAUAUUAUUUAAAAUUAAAAGCAUUUAGCCCCGAUGUUGAAAACUUCUUUCUUAAUUUUGUGAAAGAUACAAUGGACGAAAGAGUAUUAAACAACAUUGAAAGGAAAGACUUCAUUCAAAUUUUGAUUGAGAUGCAGAAAGAAGAAUCAAUUGCUUCCAGGAAAAACACUAAAGAAAACUCAAUUGUAUUAAGUGAUCAAGUUUUGGCUUCAAAUGCGUUUGUCUUCUUUCUUGCUGGAUUCGAAACAACAUCUUCUACGAUGAGCUUUUUCCUGUUAGAAAUGGCAGUGAAUCCUAGUAUUCAGGAGGCUGUGAGAAAUGAAAUUGUAAAAGCAUUGGAAAAACAUGAUGGGAAUUUGAAUUAUGAGACUAUUAAAGAUCUACCAUAUAUGGAGAUGGCAAUUUCAGAAACUAUGCGAAAGUACCCCAUUGCCACAUCUCUAAUGCGAGAGUGUACUCAGACAUAUCAAGAAACACAAAGUUCACUUGUCAUUGAGAAAGACACUAAAGUUCUCAUCCCAGUAUUUGCUCUUCAUCAUGACCCCUUAUAUUUUCCCGAUCCUGAUAAAUUUAUUCCAGAGAGAUUUUCUCCGGAAAACAAAUCUAAAAUUGUUCAAGGAACUUAUUUGCCUUUUGGAGAUGGUCCACGGAUUUGUAUAGGUAUGCGCUUUGCAAUGAUGGAAAUGAAAUUCGCCUUUUGCAAGAUAUUACCUAAAUUUGAGUUCACACUGAGCGACCGAAUGGUGUACCCUGUAGUAUUCAAGAAGGGUUCUCUGUUAUUAGCUCCUGAAGAUGGAAUAUGGUUAAAUGUCAGAAGGAGGGAUAUGGAAACAGUCCCUUGAAGGCACUAAAUAAACUUGAGGCCUUGAAUUAGUAGUUACCAUUAAUAAUAUUAGAAUAUGAAUUAUAUUAGAGUAAUUUUGUGUUAAACAUUAAUUUGUGAUACCCAUUUGUUAGUACUGUAGUUAGUAUUAAAAACGUGCCUAAAACAUUUAUGUUAUUUAAAAAUAAUGAUAGAAAAAUAUAAGAUGCAGUUUCAAUGUUAACACAAACCAUUUGGUGUUUUGAUCCUUUUAAGUUAUAAAUCCUUGAAAAAUUAGAGUAUAAAUUUUAACUCGUCAAAAUCCAGUAACAAUCAGCUUGUUCUUCCUUGCAUAAACAACACUAUUUUUUGGCAGAGUUUCAUAGUUGUUUUGAGGUAAUUAUAUCUUGUUCAGUGAUUUAUAUUUACUGAUUUGUCUGUAAAAAAAUAUUUACCAGUGAUAGGAAGUAAUGUGUAUAGAGCCAAAAAAGCAUGUGCUUAAUUAAUUAACAUGAUACAUCUAAAGGCAAUCUUUUAAUUUCCAGGAUACCCGUCGAAUCUUUCCCAGUGACACAUAUACGGAUAACAUGAGACUAGCCUAAGCUAACUAAUUAAUGAUUACCUUAUCCUCCCUUCAACAGCCCCCAGAGAUCCUCAAUCCUCAACAUUUUCAACAUCAUAAAGACAACUAGAUUUAUCAAAAACAUGAUAGCCCUGAUUGUGCCUCUGCCAACAAGCUUCCUACAUUUGUAUUAUCAGAACUCAUUUAAAUUUAUUUCAAUGAUCUUUCAAAAUCCUAUCACCAUCGAGUAUUAACAGUGAGCUGUUUUGUCUCAAGUUGUAUUAGUGUAAAAUAUUAUGAUUUUACAAAAUCACAUUAGUACUCAACUGUUUAAAAUCUUAACACUUCAUAUAAUAUAAUAUGAAGUGUAACACUCAAUAUAAUAUAUAAUUAUAUUAUAUAAUAGUUCAUUUUUAUAGUUAUAUUUAUGGAAAUGUUGUUAUAUAUGUAAUAAACUAUACUUUUUUUGCA